GACUAAUGCCGUAAUAUAAGUGUCCGUGUGUGUAUUUAUCUCCAGCUCAGCUGUCCCGUUGCAGUGUAGUGUGUUUAUUUACUCCCACACUUUCUCAAUAAUUCAUCAAAAGCCAGUACUUACUUGGCGAUCCGCAACUAAGCAAGUUUCGUCGUGACUGUAUAGUAAUGUUGAUCUCAUCAACAGUCACAGUUAAGUGACAGCACAGUUAAGUGCUGACAAUACUUAUAUAUAACUCAGUGUGUGUGUGAGCUUGAGCAAGUCUGACAGCUAAAAUCUGGAGUCGAAAUUAAAAGUUUAAUCCUGGACAAAAUUAAAAUUACUUACCAAGUAAAAUUAAGAAGUGACAUUUUGUGUUUUUUUUUAUUAAUUUACUAUUAUUAUUACAAUGGAAGUCCUGGAUCCAACUGUUACUCACGACGACGCGCCACUCUGUAUCAAUGAUUCCAUCGAAAAAUUGACACUCAGGCGAAUACCAGAAGACACAAAAUCCUUGGUAAAAGCAAGAUACACGCUAGGAUUUUUAGGAUUUCUCGGAUUUGCGCUUGUCUAUGCCAUGCGAGUGAAUCUUUCGGUUGCCAUAGUGUCGAUGGUUAACCAGACAGCCUUUCCUGAUGACAAUGACGGGAAUGAUACUUCUGAUGUUUGUCCAAAAAUUACUCCCGUAAAUGGUACAUUUGUGCCUAGUCCAGGAGAAUUUAAUUGGGAUGACAAGACCCAGGGGAUCAUUCUAGGUUCGUUCUUCCUCGGUUAUGUCAUCACGAAUGUUCCGGGUGGACGGAUGGCGGAGAAAGUUGGGGGCAAAUUGGUUUAUGGGCUGGGGGUGCUUUUAACAGCUAUAUUAACUGUUGUCAGCCCUUUUGCUGCUUACUGGGGACUGGGUCCGUUUUUAGCGGUCAGGAUUGCUGAAGGAUUUACUGAGGGUGUAACAUUUCCUGCAAUGCACUCAAUGCUUGCUCACUGGGUCCCGCCAUUGGAGAGAAGUAAAUUUGCCGCUUUAGUUUACGCAGGUUCUAAUUUUGGUACUGUAAUAUCAUUACCACUGAGUGGUUAUCUAUGUUCAUUGGAAUUCUGGGGUGGCUGGCCACUAGCAUUUUACCUAUUUGGAACUCUAGGUAUCAUGUGGUACAUAUUCUGGAUUUUUUUCGUCUACAACACACCAGCAGAGCACCCUCGGAUUGAUUAUCAAGAAAAAUUAUACAUCGAAGCUUGUGUUGAGCCGAAAAAUCCGGACGAUGACAGAGGCGUUCCAUGGCUAGCAAUUCUAACAUCAGGCCCGAUGUGGGCGAUAACAAUAACGCAGUGCGGUCAAUCCUGGGCCUUCUACACCCUGUUGACCGAGCUGCCGACUUACAUGGACAGAAUUCUCCACUUUGACGUUCAGCAAGAUGCAUUUCUCUCGACACUCCCGUACUUGACCGCCUGGAUAAUGGGGCUAGCGGUCUGUAAUUUGGCGGACUUGCUUCUGGAGAAGCGAGUCAUGUCCCCUCUGACUUCCAUGAAGUUCUGGAACACUGUCAGCUCCGUCGGAGUCAGUCUGAGCUUCGUAGGUGCUAUUUGGGCCGGGUGUGACCGCGUUUGGCUGAUGAUAAUGCUCGCCGGACUCGGUUCAUUGCAAGGUGCUGUUUAUGCUGGCAAUCAGAUGAAUCACAUCGCACUUGCUCCUCGGUAUGCGGGUACAUUGUAUGGAAUUAGCAAUGCUACCGCUAACGCAUGUGGAUUCUUGGCUCCUUAUAUUGUUGGUCGACUCAUUGAAGGCCAUGAAACAUUAUCAAGAUGGCACACAGUAUUUUGGUUAGCUGCAGGAAUAAAUUUAUCCGGAAAUUUCGUCUAUUUAAUAUUCGCCUCAGCUACAGAACAAUCAUGGAGCCGUGGUACCAGCAGUUGAUGAUCUUGUUUGAUUAGAAACAUUAAUUUACUACGCCGAUCAUCAAGUUCAGGGACUGUUGAUCGCGUAGCUCUCAGUGCUUUUUAGUAAAACUUUGUAAGUAAGUUUUACGUGUGCUCAUAUUUAAA